AUGAAAAAAAAAUUGUUUUUAAAAGGUGCGCUAAACAUAGAAAAGAGAUUUUUUUUCAGCGCUCAUCGAAAAGAACAGGUUAACAAAAUUGUAUAUGAGUAUUUUUAUUUAGAAGAAAAAAUAUACAAGGUGAUUGACCGAGCGGAUGUAAGAAAUUUAUUCCUGGAAGACAAAAGAAAGUUACAACAAAUAAAUGGAGGAGAGGCACACAAAGUAGAUAAUAAGAAAAAAUUAAAUGAAAAUGAUUAUAUAAGCGAAAAGCAGUUAAAAGAUAUAAUAAAUGACAACACAUUUGACAAAGAGUUAAAUAAUGUAGUUCUUAAGCACAUUAGUAGUUAUGUAAAUAGUAGCAAAUAUUUUAUACAUUUGUGUGUAUUUUAUAUAUACAAUAAUGAAAAAAGAAAGUUUGUUGAAUUGAUGAAAAAUUUUAACAACUACUGUUUUAGUUAUGAAGAUCUGUUUAUACUAUUCUACUUAAUAUGCAGAAUAAAUUAUAAAGAUAUGCAUAUAAUUCGUAGCAUUUUAAACAUUUUUGAAAUUUAUUAUUAUAAAAUCGAUAAUUUGUUUUCAUAUAAUAUUUCUAAUUUAUUUUUUCCCCCUUAUAAUAAUUUACACCUAGCUAUAAAUAACUUACCAUUACCUUAUAAAAUUAAAUUGAUUAAUAGUGCUGAUAAGGGUUAUCAUGAAAAAAGUCAAAGUUCACCUGAACGUUCAGGCGAUAAAGUUGUGGAGGAAAAAGAGGAAAGAAUCUCCUCUAACGAAACUACGGAAAAGAUCACAGGAAAUGGAAGCAAAGAAAAUAUACAAGAUAGCCAAAAUGGUAAUAUUUUAAAAACUGAAAAAUUGAAUGAAAAAAAAAAAGAACAUAUCAAGAGCAAUAAUUUAUUGACAAAAAUGGACGAGAGUGAAUGUGAAAAUAUACUGGAAAAUUUACAAGAUGUGGAUAUGGAAAAGUACGAAAAGCUGAUAUCAAAAGACAGCAUAAAAUUUAUUAAUUUAAACAUAAAAAAGGAAAAAAAAAGGAUGAAAAUUAAAGAAAUGAAGAAUGAAGGACUCAAAUUAAAAAGCGCGCUACUAACUCAAAUAAAGACGGAAGUAGAAGAGAAAAAUACAGAAAAAACAGGAGAAGCAGACGCAUUUGAAAUAAAAGAAGUAUUAACAAUUUUUAUUAACGAUAAAAAACUAGCUGAAAAAAAUUACUACAUAAAAGAUUUUAUAGAUGUCGUUGUGCAUUAUUUCAUUGAACACAAUGAUGCCUUAUGUAAUAACCUUUUAAUACUUCUUGUAUUUAUGAAAAAAAUAUGCUAUUAUAACAAUAAGAAAUUAAAUAUCAGUAUUGAACUUUUGUUAAUUAAUUACAUAAAAAGUAUGAAUAUUUUGUCUGAACAAGACAUAUAUAAUUUUAUAAAUGAAAAGAUAAUGUCUUUUGAGAAUAUGAUACAUGUCGAAAAUGAGGAUAAAUUAGACGAAAAAAAUAAUAACGAAAAUGUAAUAUAUAAUAAGGAUAAGAAGUCGAAUGAUAUAUUAGAGUUGUUAUACAACCAACAGUAUAUAUAUAAUUUUACUCUAUACGAUGAAAACAUGUUUUAUGAAAAUAAAUUUCAUUAUAUAAUGAAUAAAAUUUUAAAAAAUUAUUUUUUUUUAGUAAGUUAUAUGUUAAGACUUCCCUUCUUAAAAUUACACAUUUUGAAAUCUUACUUAAACUCGUUUAAUAUGUUCAUGGGGUUUUUUAUAAAUAAUAAAAAUAUUUUCUACUCCUUUGAUAUUGGUGAUAUAGCUUUUAUAUGUACGUGCUUUUUAAAAAGAAAAAUUAUCAAAGUGGAAAUAGUCGACAAAUUGUUUUCAGUGCUGCAUUACAAAAUUGAUGCAUUCUUAAAUUUAUCAUCGCGGCAUAGCUACAAAGGAAAGAAGGACAGUAGAAAUCACAAUAUUAAGGGCAACAAUAAUGAUAGUAUUAGUGACGAUAGUAGCAAGAGUAGUAAUCAUCAUAAUGACAAUCGUAGUGAUAACUCAAAAGCGAGCAGUGAAAACAACACGAAAGAAAAUAUUGAAGAGGCAUGCCCCUUUCACAUCAAUGACAUUCUUGUUUUUCUUCAUUUCGUUCACUUUUACAAUUUAACAUUUGAUGCUUUGUAUAAACAAUUAUUAAUGAUAUGCUUCAACAAAUUUGUUUGCUUAAACGACACACAACAAUUAAUAUUUUUUAAUAGCGUAGAGGGAAUAAAAAGAAGAAACUUUACAAAUGAUGAGCAGAAAAGCUUAUUAGAUUAUUUCAUGUAUGAAAAAAGUUUGCAAUUUUUUUUAAACCGAAAUAAAAAUAUUCAGAAGGAGUCAUUAGGGUAUUUGUUUAUCAGCUAA